AUGAACAACAGCAGUGACCCUAAAUGCCAAGUACUGAGUGAAGACGCUCUAUAUGAAAAGAAUAUAUUGCUAGACAGAUUAAAGAAUCACUUCAACUGUUAUAGUUACCACAAUUAUGGGUGUGGAUAUACCGAAAGCAAUGAAUGGAAUCCCUUCAUCCACGCCCCUACAUUAGACAUUGUUAAUAUAUACAAAAACCAACACUGUUCAUUGUACAAUAGCAUUAUUGAUGCGGUUACUGGCAAAAUUUGCCAGUACAUAGAAAUAUAUGAAAUAAAAGAUUGGGAUAAUCCUCACCGCAUUCUACAUCCAAUUGAUCUUCCCUGUUUUGCCUUAAGGUAUUCAGGUCAAUCUAUCUCUUCCAUUAAUGAUAUAAUUGUGUUAGGAGAGGUUACUGGUUUUGUUUACAAAAAACAUUUGCAAUCUACUAAUCAAUACUUUAACCUUAAAUUGAUUAAUGAAGACACACCCAAAUAUAUACUAGACACUAGUAAAAGUAGUAAUUUAUUGAGAUUUAUAAGUAAUUCAUCUCUUGGACCCCUAUUUUCACAUAAAAAAUUACCUCCAAAUACCCAAUUACACACAAUAUACAUUGAUAAUUGGCCUCAUAUAAUUGUCACAACAUUUCCAGGUGUGGGUAUAUCAAAUGGGGAUCAGUUAAUUGCGGACUUCACGUCUUUACAAUUGGAUAAUCAAAAAACAACCAGUAUACACCCUGUAUAUAACGGCUCAACUCUAAAGAAUGAAAAAAAGAUAAUUCCAGUGCUCGGAAUACCACUAGACACACCUGUUCGACGUGUGAUAAACGGAAAUGAAGUAGUAGGUAAAGUAAUAGAUUUUGUAGAACAAAACAACGAUGGAUUGUUCGUUGUAAACUAUCCUGAUGGUGAUUAUGAAUUAUAUACUAGAGUGGCACUAAUGAUAAAUUUGCUAAAGGAAUACCUCAAAGAUUCAAAACUGGAGCAGUUGCUAGUACCUUUAAGUGAUAAAACUGGAAAUUUAGUUACGAGAAGUUCAAUAUCGGAUAAUUCUAAGGUUAAAAAAGAGAAAGUUAAAAAGGAGAAGGUUAAAAAGUUUAAACUCGAUAGUGCAAUAAAGCGAAUUAAAUCUAAAUCUAAUCCAAAUAAGUCCAAUUCAUCUUUUUCAACUGAUCAUCAUAGCUCCAACAAGAGUAUUGAUAAAAAAUCCAAAUCUAAGGGAGGGACAAAGAGAAUAUCAUCCAAGUCCAUUUCGAUUGGUACAGAUAUAAAAACUUUAUCCCAAUUGGAAGAUAUACCUAAAAUUAUCAUCCCAAGAACGACGAGUAAAGACUCAACCUCUUCAAUUCUCACCAGAUUUAGACGUGCGUUUAUUGGGGAUAAAACUAGAGAAUCAAUAGAAUUUUAUGCAACGGACUCUAAUAAUAAUAACAAAAACAAUAAUAAUACGACUCUCAAUACACAGCCAACCGAUCUUAUUGAAGAUGAACUGGUGGAUUUGCUCGAACCAUUCUGUAAUAGUUCGAUAAACUCAAUUAAUAUGAAACCAGAAACAAAAUCAAGUAAAUCAUCAAAGCGGAGUGGGACUAGCAAGAUUAUUGAGGAAGUAUCAUUCAGAAAGAAUAGCCCGCAAGAAGUUAAGGAAAAGGUUCCAUUGAAUAUACUGAAGGAAUAUUGUCUUGAUACUCUGCUUGAGUUGAGUAGAUCGAGGAAGAAUUGGAGAGAUUGUGACAAUAGAAAGCAGUUCAAUUUCCACUUCGCAAAGAUUUCAAACGCCAAGACCAUGGAAGAAUUGGAACCACAAUUUACUCAUGUUUUUUACAAACUAUACCAAUAUGUAGACCUAACUAUCACUGGUGAUAAGAUAACAUUUGACGCGGUUUCUUCGUGUGAAAAGGAGAACCCGCAAUUAAUAGACCAUCUGUUGGAGUUGUUGACUAAUAUAUUUUCUGAAGAAGAUUAG